AAUGUGAAAGCGACUUUUAGAUCGCGUCGUUAAUAGCCGUAAAGACGAAAUGAUAACAAAAGUUGAUGUGACACUCCUAAAAAGUUGAAUAUUAUGACACAUAAAUGCCGAUAGAAAAAACCCAAAAGGAAAUAAAACAAGGAAAAAGCGAACAACAAAAGAAAUUCCUGAGAUUGAAUGAAAAACAGUUGAGUUGGAUAGAUGUGAUCAAUUACAAUGCCCUUUAAAUGGAGAUUAAAGAAAACAAAACGUUACGAGAUUUCAACAAAGAAUGCCUUCAUUGUAGGAGUUUAUUUACUGGAUAAUAGUUUCUUAGAAUGUACGUUAACAUCGGAUAGCACAGGGCACGAGUGUUUGGAUAGCAUUGCUCAAAGAAUUGAAAUAACAGAGACUCAUUUCUUUGGAUUACGAUAUGUGACGAAGAAAUUACAUUUUCACUGGGUAGAUUUAGAGAGACCAUUAAAGAAACAACUGGAUAAACAAGCACAGAUAUCCUGCCAUCCACCAUGUUUAUAUUUUGGAGUUCAAUUUUACGUUGCUAGUGCUCACAGAAUCCCAGAUGAAGUUGCUAGAUUUCACUAUUACUUACAGUUAAAGAAUGACAUCAUUGAUGGUCGUCUGCCAUGCUCUGUAGAACAAGCUGUACGAUUAGCUGCUUUGAGUUUACAAGCUGAAUUUGGCGACUGUGAGUAUGAUAAACAGAAUCCAGCAUAUUUUAAAGAUCAUCCUCUUUUGCCUAAAUCUAUGACGAAAGAUGAAUCAACAUUUAUGGAACUAUUAUCAGAUGUUAUCAGUGGUCACUAUCGAUUACAUGGAGUUCAUGGAAUUAAAGCAGAAAUACAGUAUAUUAAAGAAGUUCAACAAAUGGAUGGAUUUGGUACAGAAUAUUACAUAGCCAAGGAUGAUUCAGGAAAGGAGUUAUAUCUAGGAACGUCAUAUAUUGGUCUCUUUGCUAGAUUUCUAGAUCGUCAACCACCAGUUUUCUUUCGAUGGGCAGAAAUUGCCCGAGUUUCACAGAAUAAAAAGAAUUUAGAAGUAGAUACAUCAAAAAGUUCAGCUCAGUAUACUCUUGAAGACACAGAUACCAGUAAAUAUUUAUGUCGUAUCAUCAACUAUCAAAUCAAGUUCUAUAAAUCCAGUAAGGCUAAUCUCAAUGUGAGCAUGACAGACGUUCGAGGUGACAUAGAAAUUGACAACAAUAAUACAACAGAAGCUCAGGUAGCUCCUCCACAAACAGAAUAUUCCGAACUGACAGAGUCCCAGACAUCAUUAGCAUAUAUACAAGAUCAACGAUAUACUCCAGUAGAUGUACAACAGAUGACUGUUUCUGAAGAUUUUUAUACCAACUCACAGCAAAGUUUAGAUGUUCUUCCUGACUUCCAGCAUAUACCCAAUUCUGGGUCGGAAUCCCACAUCAAUGAAGGUGUUUAUAUGAACCAUCAACCCGGUAACAUCACCCAGCAACAAGACAUAGCAACGCGUGCUGCUUUAUUACCGGCAUACCGACAUACGCCAGAUUAUGAAACUUUAAUGGCGCAGAGAAUGGCUACCAAUCCGCAGCAACAACACACACAAGUGUCUACAACGGAAAGUGCUCAAAGCCUUGGUAGUGCUCAAAUAUAUAAUAACCAAGAAGCUGUAACAUUUAACAGCGAACCUGAGAUACGGCAGCCAAUCAGUGAUUAUAAAGACGAAACACAAUAUGCCAACGCCAUGGCAAUUAGAAAUUAUAGUCAUUCAGUAUACGCGAGUGGUUUUCAAGAUGGCCACGAUAAUAUAAACAAUCGAACAGGGGAACGAUCUAAUCAUCUUCCUGUCCAUUCAACUUACAGUUCACCUGAAUUGAAUACCCAAGGAUUACAGGAACAAUUUACAUCAGAUAUGAUACAAGAUCCUCUUCCCUAUCAAUACCGUCCCCCUCCACCUUACCCCCGCACUAGUAGCAGUACACCAGACCUGGCAGUACAGGCUAUAACAACACACAAUAAUGAAAUCCCAGAUAUUGUGGCCCAACAAGGUGAACAAUUUGGUAAUCUAGCUCAACAAUCACGUUUUGAUAAAAGUAUUGAAAAUCUAAAUGAAAUGGAGUCAAAUGUAAAGUCUCUGAGUUCGGAAAUUGUUGAUCAGGAUGAUACGUCCAGUGAACAUUCAUAUGCUACAUUUCAUGUCAAAGAUGACAGUUCGGAUGAUGAUGCAGAAAAAUUACGAAGAGAGGAAUCCGAAAGAAAGAAAAUUCAGGUUCGAUUAGUGGGUCCUAAAGAAGCUCCACCCCCUUCUAAAAGCAAAGAAGUAGCUACCUUACGUGAGAGCUUUCGAAGGAUGAUGAUUGCAAGAGCUGGACCAAUUAUGAGUUCAAAACCAGGUGACAGCCAUGUUAAGUCUGUGACAAAAGAUUCAAGUGACAUCACCUUGUCCAAAGUAGAAGAAUCGGUGCCGGCCACUAAAUCUAAUCCUGUUAUAUUAGUCGACCCCCCGUCAACAUCGUUACCCAUCCCAGACGUCAUUCAACCAUCUGAUCAUGUGACAUCCUCUAGACGUAUGUCAGAUACAGGUAGCAUAAAAUGUUUAGAGUCUAAUCAAGUAGUCCACACACAAGCAUUAUCAAUGGAUAGUUCCACAUCACAACAAGAAGACUCUGAUUCUGAUCUUUCAGAUUUUGCAGAUGGUACUAUAAGAAGAAGAAGUAUCGGACCAUUAAAGAGAGCUGCUAUGAAUGGGUUAACUUUAUCUCGGCCAAUGGUAUUAGCUUUAAUGAAUGAUGAAAGCCGAGCCCCUAAAGAUGAACGCAGAAAGAUUUUGGAGAGUAAGAUAUCAGAAGGUCAAGUUUUUGUAGAAUUUGAAGAAAUUUACAAAAGAGCUCCAAAUCUGGAAUAUAAUGUUGCCAAAUUACCAGAAAAUAAUCCUCGAAAUCGUUUUAAAGAUGUUUUACCAUACGAUAAUACCCGAGUAAAAUUAACACCAAGGAAAGAUAACCCUGCUGGUUAUAUCAACGCUUCACAUGUUAAGUUAACAGCAGAAAAUAUGGACUGGUGGUUUAUAGCUACUCAAGCUCCAUUAGAGAAUACUGUCAGUGAUUUCUGGCAGAUGAUCUGGGAACAGGAAGUAGAUGUGGUUGCUAUGCUAACAGCAUUAACGGAACAAGGUCGUCAGAAAUGUUUUCCUUAUCGACCUGAUGAACCUGGUCCAAGUCACAGAAGGAUUUAUGGUGAUUUCGAGAUCGAGCUGUUGUUGACAGAUGAUUCUUUAUGUUAUGUGACACGCAGAAUUACAGUUCGUCAUUUACCAUCCGGUAAAUCAAGACAAAUCUGGCAUCUACAAUAUACAGAUUGGCCUGAUCAUGGUUGCCCAGAUGAUAUAUAUGGUUUCUUAGGUUUUCUUGAUGAAAUUGAGUCUGUGCGUAGAUUGGCGGAGAGUGAAGAAGGAAGUGGUAAAAAGGCUCCAGUAGUUGUACAUUGUAGUGCUGGUGUAGGUAGAACUGGUGUAGUUAUUCUAACUGCUGUCAUGAAAUGGUGUUUAGAACAUAAUCAUAGUGUUGAUUUACCCAAAGCUUUAACAGGAAUUCGUCAACAGAGAAUGUACAUGGUUCAAACACUCGGGCAAUAUCAAUUUAUACAUAAUACUCUUAUACAAUAUCUUAAAAAUACUAGACUAAUCUAGUCUCUAGAUCAAGAUUAUCAAGAACUAUCAUAAAAUACAGACUAUCAGACUUCUUGGUGACUUAUUAGCCUGUGCCAAAAAGUUACAUAAUUCUUCUUAGUGUGUAUAGAAUUGUUUUCCAACUCUACAACAGACAGAAAGACUUUGCAUUAUUCAAAGAUGUUCUGGACAGAAAAGAAAACAUUGUUACAGGUAGUCACAGCAAAGUUUUAUUCAAAAAGAAAAUUCUAAGGAAACUUGCAGCCUUAUAAUUAAGAUGAUGCUAUUUCACAAUGGGUAUUCUAUAGAGACAGAAAAAUUUGUUCUGUUUGUUAACUGUAGAUUACAUAUAUCAUUACAUAUAUCAUUUCAAAUUUGUUUAGCCCAUUCUGUAUAAAAAGAAAUUGGAAUAUUUCAAUCAUAGAUGUUCUGUUAUAGAAGAAGCUUACUAGAAUGUUCAAAGUUAAAAAUAACUUGGCAUAAACUAAAAAUUUCAAUCAGCAUUUGUUGGUGUCAUUAUGAAUGUUUAGUAAUAGUUGUAUAUCACAGUAAUCAACACCCUUGUAAAUUUCAAAUGUGGAUUUAUAUUUUGGUUUAGUUUGUAAUAGUUUUAAACCAGUGUAUAGUAUCUACUGUUUAUUGUAUAUUUUCAAUGUAAUUGUAUAUAGAAUCCAUAUUUUUACUACAGGGAUUUAACUCAUUUUUAAACCUUACAAAAAAUAUCUAUUGUAUUUAGUUAUAAGCACAUACCGGUAAUUUGAAUUAUGUUGCUAAACUCAUAUAAGUUGCACUUUUUCAUUAACAUAGGAGCUGUAGGGCAGACCGUCAAGAGGAGCUGGCCUCCCCAUUAAAAAAAAAACAUUUUUUUAAGAAAAAUAAACAGGCCUAUGAUGUAGGAUUAAUAAUAUAGUAUAAAGAAUUUACUGUAAUAUUUGAUAAUAUAAAACUUACAUGUAAAUAUAAUAUAGGAUUAUAACUUAUUUUUAACUGUUUAUUCUAUUUAUUAAUAAGAGUAUUUGGCUUGUAACUUGCCUUCAAAGAAAUGCUUGAAUUUUAAGGAUACUUCAUCCUCUCUUAAAAAAGUGGACUCUUCUUCCUUGUAGAAGCUUAGAUCUAAGAUAAGUUUACGCUUGAUGAGUGGCGAUGGGAGGUUUCAUGAAUUUCUUGGCUUGUUUUCAUGCUAUAUUUUAUACUAGUCUUACAAUAGUUGAAAGCCAUAUUUUUCUAAUCCUUCGUUAAAUAAAAUUAGAUCUGAUAAAGUAUUUAUUAUGUCAUAUUAGUAUAUCAUUCUAUAUUUUGAUGUCCUUAGUAACAUAUUUUUAUCUUGAACAUUGCAAGGUCAAAAUUUAUAAUACUUAUAAAUGAGCUAUUUGUAAGCAUGGAUGGUAAACAAAUUGAUAGCUACAGAGCCAAUGAAAAUUUAGAAUAUCAGUUGAGGACUUUGAGGUUAGGUUAAUUCUGGGCCCCACACCAUUUCGUUAGUCUAGUUUCAUUUAAUACAUCUUAGUCCUGAAAUGACCUAGUUUGUGUGGACUGGAUUUGUGUCAACUGGACGUUAAACCCCAUUUCUCUCUCGCUCUCAUUUUCCAGUUAAAACCCUAAGGCAAGUUUUUAGGGAGAAAGAGCUAAUGGGUUAUAGACUUAGGAAUGCAUUCCAUAAAAUGGGUCUAUAAAAUGUUUCUCUAUGUGCAUUAAAGCAAAUAAAUUUAUGUUUUAUAUCAUAAUUUUACAUUUUAACUGUCAAUUUGUAAACCUAUUUAUUAGAUUUUUACAAGUUGUUUUUGUGCAUUCCAUUUGCAAUUUAUGAAUCCCUAAUACCUACUAAGAAUGUCCAUCCAUAAAUAAAUCAUAGUGUGUGCCUUUUAAGGGUGUUAAUUAUAAAUUGUUAACUUAAGUCAGUUGUUAUUCACAUAUCCUAACAUUUACAUUUACUGCAGGUGCCCCAUUUUGUUUCUACAAUAAAUAAAAAAAAAGUAGAUGUAGCCAUGAUACCUAAUAUGUAACAUAAAAAGUAGAAUGUAGAUACAUUUUUAUAUGGCCUAACUAUGUGAUAGGUCACCUUAAACAAUAUGGGUCGUUUUUGUGGGGUAAACUUGGGUAUUUUUUUUAUCUUAAAAGUGAUAAUUAUCCUGAUUUUCUUUCCUUUAAAAAAAUGGAUAAUAUCAUUAUAAUUUUUCAUUAAGUCUCAAAUCUGUUGAGUGUUGACGUAUGUUAUGUUAUUGUUAAAUGAUUCUGUGGUACAAGUAGUUAAAUAGAUUAUUGUUAAUGUUAAUGCUUGCCAUCAUUUCCUGUCCAAAUCACAAUGUGGCUUAAAGAUAUUGUCAGAUGUAGAUUAGUAAAUAGAUCGAAAAAUAUUGUUUUAUAUUAAAAAUAAUAAUCACUUUAAUAAUUAUAAGAAAUAAAUCAAAUGCUGUUUUUAUUAA